UUACGGCACGAUGGUCGCACAAGAAUGUGAUAGAAUCUCGGCGGCCGCCAUUUUCUUCCUUUCUUAGCAGUUAGCUGGAAGGAGAUCUCUGCGAAGCCGCAGCGGCUUUCAUAAUACGGCCAUGGCUGACUAUUCAACAGUGCCUCCACCUUCUUCUGGCUCCGCCGGUGGUGGUGGCGGUGGCGGCGGUGGUGGAGGUGUUAACGAUGCUUUCAAAGAUGCGCUACAGAGAGCCCGGCAGGGUACACUACAUAAUGGGCUGUGUACUAAGCAUAUCUUAUCAAUUCAUUUAAUUGUCACAGCCAUUCUACAGAUUGCAGCAAAAAUUGGGGGUGAUGCUGGUACAUCAUUGAAUUCAAAUGACUAUGGUUAUGGGGGACAAAAAAGGCCUUUAGAAGACGGAGAUGGCUCUUGGACAAGUCCGAGCAGUACAACACACUGGGAGGGAAUGCCCUCUCCUUUUAAAGAUCAACCGGAUGCUAAAAAAGUUGCUCCUCAAAAUGACUCUUUUGGAUCACAGUUACCACCGAUGCACCAGCAGCAAAGCAGAUCUGUGAUGACAGAAGAAUACAAAGUUCCAGAUGGAAUGGUUGGCUUUAUAAUUGGCAGAGGAGGUGAACAGAUCUCUCGUAUUCAACAGGAAUCUGGAUGCAAAAUACAGAUAGCUCCUGACAGUGGUGGCCUUCCAGAAAGGUCUUGUAUGUUAACUGGAACACCUGAAUCUGUCCAGUCAGCAAAACGGCUACUGGACCAGAUUGUUGAAAAGGGCAGACCAGCCCCUGGCUUUCAUCACGGUGAUGGACCUGGAAAUGCAGUUCAAGAAAUCAUGAUUCCAGCUAGCAAGGCAGGAUUGGUUAUUGGAAAGGGGGGAGAGACUAUUAAACAACUGCAGGAACGGGCCGGAGUUAAAAUGGUUAUGAUUCAAGAUGGGCCUCAGAACACUGGUGCUGACAAACCUCUUAGGAUUACAGGCGACCCAUACAAAGUUCAACAAGCCAAGGAAAUGGUGUUAGAGUUAAUUCGUGAUCAAGGUGGUUUCAGAGAAGUUCGAAAUGAGUAUGGGUCAAGAAUAGGAGGCAAUGAAGGGAUAGAUGUCCCCAUUCCAAGAUUUGCUGUUGGCAUUGUAAUAGGAAGAAAUGGAGAGAUGAUUAAAAAAAUACAAAAUGAUGCUGGUGUUCGAAUUCAGUUUAAGCCAGAUGAUGGUACAACACCUGAUAGAAUAGCUCAAAUAACUGGACCUCCAGAUCGAUGUCAGCAUGCUGCAGAAAUUAUCACAGACCUUCUUCGAAGUGUUCAGGCUGGUAAUCCUGGUGGACCUGGACCUGGUGGUCGAGGAAGAGGUAGAGGUCAAGGCAACUGGAACAUGGGACCACCGGGUGGACUACAGGAGUUUAAUUUCAUUGUACCAACUGGGAAGACUGGAUUAAUAAUAGGAAAAGGAGGUGAGACCAUAAAAAGCAUAAGCCAACAAUCUGGUGCCAGAAUAGAGCUUCAGAGAAAUCCUCCACCUAAUGCAGAUCCUAACAUGAAGUUAUUUACAAUUCGUGGCACUCCCCAGCAAAUAGACUAUGCUCGGCAACUCAUAGAAGAAAAGAUUGGUGGUCCAGUAAAUCCUUUAGGACCACCUGUACCCCAUGGGCCUCAUGGUGUCCCAGGCCCUCAUGGGCCUCCUGGGCCUCCAGGGCCUGGAGCUCCAAUGGGACCAUACAAUCCUGCGCCUUAUAAUCCAGGACCACCUGGCCCAGCUCCUCAUGGUCCUCCAGCCCCAUAUGCUCCCCAGGGCUGGGGAAAUGCGUAUCCACACUGGCAGCAGCAGGCUCCUCCUGAUCCAGCUAAGGCAGGAACAGAUCCAAAUUCAGCAGCUUGGGCUGCUUAUUAUGCUCACUAUUAUCAACAACAAGCACAGCCACCACCUGCAGCUCCUACAGGCGCACCAACUGCAACCCAAACGAAUGGACAAGGUAACUAUGGAGAUCAACAGAAUCCAGCUCCAGCUGGACAGGUUGAUUAUACCAAGGCUUGGGAAGAAUACUACAAGAAAAUGGGUCAAGCUGUCCCUGCGCCUGCUGGCGCUCCCCCUGGUGGCCAGCCAGAUUACAGUGCAGCCUGGGCUGAGUACUAUAGACAGCAGGCUGCCUACUAUGCCCAGACAAGUCCACAGGGAAUGCCACAGCACCCGCCGGCACCUCAGUGCAGGUUUGAUCCAGCCAGUAUAGAACUAGCUCUGUAGGGGUGAGGAGGACUGUGCUGUGUAUCAUCCUUGAUUGUGUUCCUUCAAGGAGCAUUGCACUGUAAGUACAUCAGAAUGACAAAUGGAUGAACUGCAACAGUAUCUUUUUGUCAAUGUUCCACAUAAUGCAAAUGCCUAUUUUGUGUGACUAUUAUGUUGGAAUACAGUGCUGAUAUCUUGGAAAACCAUAACUGCUUCAUAACAUAGAAUAAUAAUAUAUAGUUCUGUAUUUUUUUUAAGUGAGCUUAAUGGGUAAGUAUUUUUGAUAUGCUUUAGCUAUAGCUAAAGAAAACUGAUCAUUAACAAAAUUCAAUAGUGUUAUGGUGCUCCUAAACUAUUGCUUUUCAGUGUAAAAUAUGCAUAUCUUAUAUGAAAACUUGAAAUGUUUAAGGCAGAUGUGGUUUUCUGUUUGCAAAUAAGCAAUAUAGCACUUUUAACACCAUUUCAUAAUUAUUAGUUUUGUCAUUGGUGGGGAGCACCAUUUGUUGUUUUGAAUAUUAAAGGAAGAUGUUCAAGGACAUAAAUGUCAAAAUUACCUGUAGCGUGGAAAAUAACAGUACAGUUCAUUGUAGGUAUUUUGAAAUGUUGAUUGUUUUAUGUAAUCUAGAGUGACUUCCCUUACGCUUAUUUAGAUCUUGGUAUGUAGUUCUAGUUUGAAGUUUAAUAGUUAAGGAGUUAUAUGUUAUCUUUUUAAGAGUAGGGUAUGGACAUGAACAAUUUCAGAAUUUUGCAUGAUACUGUUAUGUAGAUGACCUUUUAGGAAAGUGGUGCAUUUAUUAAUUAAACUGAAGAAAUAGUUCAGUUAGAUUCAUUAUCAUAACUCAAAAAUCGGAGGCUGUUGAUUUUGAUUCAUUUAAGGUUUAAAAUCUUUAUUAAUUGCAAACAGUGCAAUUAUUUAUACUUCACAGUGCCUUCCCAGACCUUCCACCUUAGGUUCUGCUGCAAAAAGCACCAGGUAAGCACAACCUAAGGACAUAUAUAAAUAAAUAUUUCAGUACAUUAAUGUUGUCCCUGUGAGGUUUUCGUGGUUGUGUACUCAAAAGCAAUCUGCUACCGCUUCCCCAAAAUGUAUUUUGUUAUUUAUGCUACCAUUUUAGUGGAAACUGUUACGUUGUUCGGGGUGAUGUUUUUUUAUUUUAUUUUUAAUGAAAGCAAGAAAAUAAUGAGUAGAUUGCUGCUGUAACUGAACUAUAUCCAAACCUUUUUGUAUUUUUCCCAAAAAUAUAGAAGUGUUACAGUUAAGAAAGGACAGUUACAUAGUUUUCAAGAUAUAGGUAAUCAUUUGGUCAGAAACCUCAACAGCCUUCACAGUCGGUUUAUGUGAUUGACAGGGCUUUUUUCCCUCCAAAGCUAUGGUUCAUUUUUUUCUUGUUCUUAACUAUAAUAAUUCAGUAAGAUCAUUAUGGGUCAUUUUUGUGAUGAUUUUUCUUACAUAAUUGUUACAUGCUGAAAAAGGAAAAAUUAUAGGAUACUGGCAGUAUGUUUUGAUAAAAGGCAUGUGCAUCAGUGAAAUGUUAACUGUAUAGCAAAUAACUUCAUAAUCUAUGUAGCAACCUAUAUUUUUCUGACUUAUAAUAAUUUAAUAACUGACGCUGCAUUUAUUUUUUGCCAGUUUAAAAUGUUUGUGUGUGAUAGAUGAUUUUAACUGGUACAUAUUUUGAGUUAAGAUGAAUGUAUUAAAGCAGCAUCAUAUCAGUUUUGUUUAUUGGAUUUCUAAAAUGUGCUGAUCCUUUUAAAAUUCCUGCUUAUCUCUACAACAAAGGAAAAUAUUCAAAAAUACUGCCUUCAUUUUCACACACAGUGCUGAAGAUGCUGCAAGCACCAAAUCAUAGCUCAUAAAAUCAGGUCCUGAGAUAGUUACCCAUAAAGAGGAAUCCUUUGAGUGUAUGCCAUUGGUGAGCCGAUGAGCAUGGACCAUAGAAGGGCUCAUGUAGAAGGUAAAAUUGGCAAGUCAUCAUUGAGAAAUAUGAAAUGUAUUCCCAUACAUAAUAUGGUAGAGGAUGUAAUGUACCUGCUUUUGAUCACUUUUCUCUUUAAAGUGCUAUUCACUUGAUCUUUAAUGUUCCAUGAACUGUUACAUUUACAUUUCUUAAGUUAUAUAGUUACUGCACCACAUUUAAGUGUUUGUGUGUUGUGAUAAUCAAUGCUAGGUGUGUUAAAAUUGACAGUGCUAAAAGGGCUCUUUCAGCCUUAAGAGCCUGCCAAGUUUUGAUUAGUUGUAGUUUGCAUUUUUAUAAAAGAAUACAGAUGAUGCUAAUAGGUAUUUGGGCAUUGUUUAUAUCUCCUGAGACUUUUUUAAGUUCAUUACCAUAACCCUUCACUGAUACUAAUGAGCAUUUUUUUUAAAUGGCACUAAUCUUAACUUUGAAAUACAUGGAAAACCGAAAAGGUGAGCCAGUUGACUUGAAUGCAGUGUAUGUUUAGGAGUGGUGAAAAAAUGUUUAGAUUUAAGUUAAAUUGAUUUAUUUGAUUUAGCACUUAAAUAAAAAUUUGAGAACUUCUUAAAAGACAUCUUAGUGUGGUUAUAUACUUCUGUGGUUUAUUUUAGAAAUGAGAAAGUUAUAGUUUUGUUUUUUAUUGAAAAUUGUUUUAAUAUUAAAACUAGUGAUUUGCUACUAGCUGUUUAUUAACACUGUAAAAAACAUCCUUAAACAUCUUGGUAGUUAAUUAAUAAGGCUGAGUUUGAGUAGAAAUAGAGUACCUUGAGAAGGAAUUAGUAUAUUAAACAGUGGUAGCAUUUUGUUUGAGUAGUCUGCCAGGAGAACCAAUUCUAUCUAGGAAGUUACUUCUUGUCUAGAAUAAUGCUAUAGAGUUUAGUCAUCAAUGAGAAUGUCUUAUUUUGUUCUCUGUUUCAAAUGCUGCCUCAUUUUAAAAUGCAUUUUAACAAUACCUUAAGAUAAUUUUGACUCUGAAAUAACCUUACUUUUUGUUUAAUCAGUCAGUUGACUUUUCUUACCACAACAUAAAUUUCUGAGGGAUUUUUUAAUUGGUUCUUUUAUGAAGCAAAUCCCAGGAUUUUAUUUUCUUUGGUACUAUCCCUAAAGAAGCUAUAUUAAAUGUAUUUGAGAAUAUAUAUAUAUUCUUUUCUUAUGCAUGCUCAAUGCAUUUUCGUCCUGAGAAAAGUGUUCUCUACAGAAACUACCCGUGUGUAAAAAGAAGAUUGGCUUAAAAUGGCUACUGUGAUGGGAACAGUAUCUUAGGGAGAUGCAGCUUGGACUUGAGGUAAAUUGAAUACUUUACAAACUGUGGUUUAGAGUUUGCUUUAAUGACAUUGUAUGUAAAGGACGUAUGAUUGUUGUAAUUUUGUAUUCAUUAUGGUCUCAAUAAAAAAAUAAAUGUACAUUGACAAA